AUGUCUACAGAUUUCAAAGGUGCUGACCAAAAGUUGAAACAGGUGCUAGACAAAGUCAAGGAUGUUGAUCCGGACUUGCGUUUCAUGGCGUUAAAUGAUUUGAACAAGUUGUUGAGGGAUCAUAAUUUGAUUAUCAGUACAGUCAACUCAUAUUCUAGUAAAAUAAUGAAUAUCCUACUUGAUAGUUUGAGUGAUUCCAAUUCAGAUGUUCAAAAUCAGGCAUUGAAGUGCUUUGAACCACUGGUUGUUAAUUUGGAUGAUCGUGAAGUGUUGAACUUGUUGAAGAAUUUAAAUGCUAAUCAAACUGCUACUGCAUCAAUUACUACAUCUAUUCAUACAAUGGCUAUCAGUGAAACUUUGGAAAAUUUAAAUUUGAGAGAUGCUUCUACAGGUUCAUUGAUUUUUGUGGAAUUAUUACCAACUUUGAUCACACAGGAAACAGGUGUAAUUAACUCUUUAGAUUCUAUUGAAAUAUUGAUCAAUUUGAUUGGGAACUUGAGUAAUGCUAUCCCUGAACAUGAAUUAUCUACAAUUUAUACUGCUUUAGUCAAGACUAUUUUCGGAGAUGUUAAUAUCAUUAGUAAAAAAUCAAUCAUUGCAUUGGGGAAUUUAGUUAAUACAUUAUCACCUGAAGAAUUUAGCAAUGUUUUGAAAUUGAUUCAAGCAGAACAUAAAGAUACUUAUGAAAAUAUCAAUAUCACAUUCUUAACAUAUAAUUCAUUAGCUAAGGCUAAUUCAUCAUUGUUUAUUCCAUAUUUAAAUGACCUUGUAUCAUUUAGUGUUAAACAUUUAUAUUUGGAUAAUGAAGAUUUAGAUGAUGAUCAAAUUAAAAUAGAUGAAGUUAGAUUUGAAGCAUUACAAUUAAUUUCAAAUUUAAUUUCUGUUGGUGAUGAUUUUAUUCCAUUUAUUGAUCAAAUCUUAAAUAUUGUUUCUAAAUUCUUAUUAUAUGAUCCAUAUACAAAUAGUUAUGAAGAAGAAGAAGGAAUUGAUGAAGAAUUCUCAGAUGCUGAAGAUUUUUCAGAUGAUGAAUUUGAUGAUGUUGAAGAAGAAAGUGAUGAUAAUACAUGGAAAUUAAGAAAAAUCUCUGCUAAAUUAGCUGCAUUAUUAACUCAACAAUUUCCAUCAAUUCUUUACAAUAUUUAUUCGAAUGGUAUAUUUGAAGCAUUGAUUAAUUCUGUAUCAGAUUCAUCAGAAACUGUUUCAUUUGAAAAAAUCCAUUCUUUAGAUAGUAUCAUUGCAGUUACAAUUAAACAACAUGGUAAAAGAUCAAGUCGUAAAAGAAGAGGUUCAGAUGUUAGUAUGUCAGAUAUUGAUGAUUCAUUAACUCAAUUGACUAAAUUUAGAAAUAAAAUUGUUACAAAAUUCAUUAAAGAAUUAUCAAAUGUUAAACAUAAUAAUUUAAAUAAAUUUAAUACUUUAUUACAAUUUUUCCAAAGAUUUAAUAGACUUGAUGAAGAUUUAAAGCCUUUAUUAAUUGCCAUUAGAGAAUAUAAUUUUGGUCUGAAUUUAGAUCUUUUAAAAAUUUAUUCUGCACUAUUGACAAAUAAUGAUUUAGAAUAUUUUGUAUCUGAAUUAAACUAUAUUGUUGAUACUAUUAAUAGUGGAUUAACAAGUAAAAAUCAUAUAAGUACAUUAAAUUCAAUUGAAACUGCGACAGAUUUAUUGAAUCUAACUUAUAAUGAAAAAUUAACAGAUUCAAUUAUUGAAAUUGCAAGUUCAAAUAAAAAUGAUAGUGAAAUUAGAAAUACCACAAUUCAAAGUGUUGGUGAAUUGAAAACAUUACCAUCUAAUAAAGUUCAAGAUGUAUUAAAUUUAUUUAUUGAUACUUUAAAAUAUGAACCAAUUGUUGUUAGUACGAUUAAAUCAGUUACAAGUAUAAUUGAAAUUUAUCAUGAAUUAAUUUCAUCAGAUAUAGUUAAUAAAAUUGUUCAAAUUUAUGAGAAAUUAGUGUUGGAUGUUAAUUAUACAUUAUAUGUUAUUGAAUCAUUAUCCACAAUUGUUCAUUAUUUCCAAAUCAAUUCAUCAAUUGGUGAUUUAUUAUUACAAUUAUUUAAUGAAGAUAAAUAUCAAUCAUUAAUUUUACGUGUUAUUUCAAGUUUAAAUUUUGAUAAAGAAAAAUUGAAAACCAUUUAUAUUAGAGCUUUAACAAUUGAUGAUAUUGAAGACAGUGCAUUAAUUGAUUUAACCAAAAGAAUUGGAUCUGAUUUGAUUCCUACAUUAGAAAAUGAUCAAUUAAAUACAAGAAAUAUUAAAUUAUUAGCUGAAAUUAUUGUUGAUGAAAAUUUAAUAGAUUAUAUUCGUAUUAGAGAAGAAGAAUUAUCUCAAGGUAAAAGUAUAAUUUUCAAUAUUAAACUGUUGGGUUUUAUUGGUGAAAAAUUACCAGUUUCAAUUUCCAUUGAUCAAUUAUUAAGUUAUUUCAAAGAUGAUGAAACUAAAAUUUAUGCAGCUGAAGCAUUAGGUAGAAUUAUUUCAAAAGAUAGUAAAGGUUAUUUAUCAGAUUUCUUAACUAAGAUUAGAAAUUCACAAGAUUCAUAUUUAUUAAUGAUUUCUGUUAAACAAAUUUUACAAAUUAAUAAUGAAUUAAUUUAUGAAGAUUUUAAUGAUAUUUGGGAAACAACUAUAUCAGUUUUACAAAAUACAAAUGAAAUUGAUGAAGAUUUAUCCAAGAUUUCUGCACAAAUAUUAGGAUUAAUUCUUGUUAAUAAUAAUGAUACAAAUUAUUUUUAUAAUAAGGCAACUGAAUUAUUAAAAUCUAAAUCACUUUCAGUAUUAUAUACAAUAAUUGCAGCUAUUAAAUUUAUAUUAGCAUAUGAUAAUAUUGUUAGUAUUGAAUUAUUUGAUUCAUUAUUAUUACAAGUUUUCAAUAAAAUUAGUGAUGAAGAUUUAAAAAUUAAACAAAUUUCUAUAAUUUCAUUAAUUACAGUUUUAAAUAAUCAAUUUGGAUUAUUAAUUCCAUAUUUAUCAAAUAUUUUACCAUUAGUUUAUGAAGAAUUAUCUAAAAAGAAACAAUAUCAAGAAACUAUUCAAAUUGGUCCUUUUAAACAUAAAGUUGAUAAAGGUUUAGAAGUUCGUAAAAAUGCAUUUGAAAUAUUAUAUAAAUUAAGUUUAAAUCAUAAUUUAUUGAAUAAUAAUGUUGAUUUUAAUGAAAUUUUACAUAAUGUUAUUGAACAUGGGUUAAGUGCAGAUAUUAUAACAAUAAGUUCAUUAAUUAUUAUUAAAUUAUUAGAAUUUGAAGAUGUUUAUUUAAGUGUUGAAGAUAAACAAUUUUUAAGUAAUGGGAUUGAUAAACUGUUGGGAGGUAUUAAAAAGAAAGAAGAUCAACAAAAAGAUUCUAAAGAAGAACAAGAAACUAAAGCAGUUUUGAUCAAUUUAAGAAAUUCAAUCUUUGAAUAG